CAACGGGACUGUGGUGGUUUAUACUGUCGCCGCCACAAGAAGAGCAAGAAAAGAAGCGCAUUGGAUGUAACCACUUGGCUCGUACGCUUGCUGGGAAAAAAAAAUGUUUUGCGGAGUGUGUUGUGUGUAUUCGUUAUCGCUGGAGUACCGAUUGCUCUGCUAGCAUGUCCAGGAGCACUUCGAUCGCCUCAGAAGACACCCACAACUACGGCACUUGACUGCCUGCUGUCACGAUAUGUAAAAAGCGUGAACUACAACUAAGUCAUGGCUCUUCCAUCAGAGGUGUUUGCCAGCUUGGAAUCGUGCGAUGGCCGCCAAGUGGAAGAAAUCAAACAACUUGUGAAUGAGAGCCUUGCCAACAACAAAGAUGCAUCAAUUCUGUCCACCCUUGUUGAUUACUACUUGACGUCAAGAUCUCAGCGGUGUUUGGAUGUCUUGGUCGCCAUCAGGGAAACCAGUGCCAAGGACCUUUUUGACAAGCUUCAUGACUGUCUUAAAGGAAAGACGCGGCAAUGCACACUUAUGCUAAUUGCCAACAUUGUGCACAGGCAGCCACCUUGGCUUCAUCACAUCACAAGUCACAAGAUUCUAAGUCACAUCCUCAUGAUCAUAAAGAGUGCUCCAGAGCCUGUGCAUAUUAUGCAGGCCAGCAUGAUCAUUUUUAGUCUCAUGCCAAUGCUGCCUGUGCAGUUUGGUACCUCUGCUCUUGCAGAUGCUUUUGAGGCUUUCUCAGCCCUGGCUGCACAGUGUACAAGAAGACCUAGUCACAUACAUGAAAGCCACCUGAAGUACUUGAAGCUGAGUCUGCAGUUUCUGUUCCAAUACCUGUAUGGCAUGUACCCCUGCAAUUUUCUUGCCUACCUGCGUGGGUACUACGGCAGCCAGGACCAUAGUCGUGAGAGGCUUACUGUUUACACCAUGACAAUCCGGCCACUGCUACAAAGAACUCGUGUUCAUCCCCUGCUAGUCACUGCUUCUAAAGACGCUGAGCUCAGUUCAGAGAGGUGGAAGAAAAAGCAGCCAUAUGACAUCUUGGUGGAAUGCGGUCAGCACACGCUGGACCCAAAGGAACACAUAAGCGAUAACGACGAACCUUCUUCACCCCCUCCUGGGAUCCUAGGUGGAAGCAAUGCGGCGUCACCUAUGCCUCUGCUGCAGCCUCCUCCUAAGGGAAUGUUUGCCAAAGGGGAGCCUAUCGUGUCAUCAUCAUUAGUUUCAACGCCUUGCUGGAGCCCCGUGGAGGCCUGUGGCCUUGGCCCUGCCUGGAGGACAGUAGGGUAUUCUAGGUCAUUGUCGUGUGAAAAACCUUUUGAGAGCACUGAGGCAGGUUUGCCUCUCGACCUUGCCAUAGAAGCAACGCCGGAGGAAACAGGCUGCACAGAGCCAUCGCAGCAGAUAACCGCAGUGUCGAACAGUGAAGUGGCUAGGAUUGCUGCAGCUGCUGCAAAGGACGAUGUACCUCUCAGGGAUCUUGGAAACAAGGCACUGCCGCACGUUGGCGAUGCACAAGCGGCAGCGAUGGCCAUGGCGGAAAAGUCCAUUCCUGUGCCGGGGGCCAGUGGUGGUGGCGCCACUGCCGUGGGUUGUGAAACUCCUUUCUUCUCAACGACCAACAACCUGACCACAGAGCCUCAGAAUUCGGUGUCGGAGCUUCCGGAAUACCAGGAGCAGCAGCAGAUGGCACACAGCAUGGAUCGGCUGAGGUACUUCAGCCAGUGCCCUGUGCGAUGCUGCAGUGGCAGCAGCAGGGGCACGUCUCGUUCCACUCUGGAGCGAAGCCAUUCGUGCCCCAGGCUUCAGGAGCCAUUUGUGCGACCUCGGAGGCCAGCCGACAGGUCUAACCAGGGUGACUCUGUGGAUGCUUGCAACCCUCUCCGGGCACCUGUGGCACCCACCAACAACCAGGCUUGUUCGGCGACAGCAACACUGGCAGCGGCAGCAACAGGGCACCACGCACAAAAGGAAGCUCCCCCAUCUCCUCUCGAGGACAGCUACCGCUCACUGCUCUCGUACUCAGUGUCCAGGCCUUACCAACAGGGUGCGGGGGACGCCUCCAGCCUAGCGCUUGCCGACAUGUCACCAAGCGAGUUGCUCGAGAAGCACCUGCAGCUGGUCAGCAGCUGCUACAUGCAACAGGCACAGCUCGCCAAGAAGAAAACACAGCGCGGUGGAAUGGGAGAAGAUAAAUCUGAAGAGGUGGAUUGUCUGAAAGGACAAGUUUGCCUGCUGUAUGUCGUGCUGCUCUAUGAGCGGCACCGCAGAGAUGUUCACAUGGAGCGGAACCGUCGUCUUCUAGCCAAGGCCAAGAAGAUUGUGGCACUCCAGGAGGAGACAGCUGCUUAUAAGGACCAAUUGUUCCUGCUAGAUAUGGAGAGCAAGCAGUACAAAGAGAAGCUACAACAGUGCUCACAAGAUGCCAAGAGAGAGAAGGCAGAACUGGAAGGAGCCAUCAAAAUGCUGGAGAGUAAAAUUGCGGAGUUGCAGAUGAAGAAUGAACUUCUGACGCGGGAGAACAGGUCAAUGGCCGAGCAGGUGCGCCACACUGAAUCGGCGAGAGCCGCCCUUCAGAAGGAAGUGGACCGCAAUGCCGGCAUCCUCAUGGAAAUGGAGAUGGAGCUGGAGACAGCACGCAGUCGCGCUGCCAUGAGCAGCAGCUACAGGCAGCAGGUGGAGUCCCUCCAGAAGGAACUGGUGACACUGGGCGAGAUGUACAAACGGCUGGAGGCAAGAUUGCAGGCUAGCGAACCCCGGCCUCAGGCCGACUCAUUGCUGACCAUGUUUCAAGAGGCAUCGCGCAGCGAAGUGGCCGGUAUGAAGCACCAGCUGGAAGUCAAACAGAACCAGGUGGAAUCGCUAAGCUGUCGGGUGAAGCAGCUGGAGUCAACUCUCUCAAGCAGGGAUGCUAAGGUUCGUGACCUCAAGGAGCAGCUUGAACGCAUGGAAGCCAUCCACAAAGAGCAGCUACAGAGCAAGGACUGCCGAAUCAACGCCCUGGUCAGUUUGUGCCAGAGAAUGGAAGCACAUUUGGUUGAAGCCCGCUACUGCGCAGAGCAGAAACGAGAAUCAAGUUCAGAAGCAUCCGGGGGAUUUGAUGACAUGUGCGCCAGCAUGGAGCUCGACGGAAGCAGUCCAACGGUCGACCCUACCGGACUGUUGGGCUCUUACACUUCAAACACAGAGAUGACACCAGUUUCUGACAUGCUCAAGGAAGCAGAGCAGGCGGUGUGUUCUCCCGAACAGCAGCAGAGUCCACUGCUAGAAGAGCUGGAGUUGAGCGGCACUGUUCAGGCCGAUGAUGAAAAACCUCAGAUAAAUGUUGCUGAUGAAGAAACAAGUGACCUACUAUGAGCAGCUACAGUCAAGCCUCACAUGUAGAAGCAUACUUAAAGCUUAAGGGUUUGGGGUUCAGGGCAGAACCCUGUUUUGCACACUGGUUUACAAGCCUUGCUGAAUGCGCUUAGUACAGCCCAUGUGCCAGGGAAAUAGCACAAUGGUUGCAUGUUUCUGGACUCUGUCGGCACUUCCGCUAAUAAUGUUUCCUAAUUAGUUACUAUUCUUCUAGAAAAAAGAAGGGAACUGUUUGAAGAUUGCAUGUUGAUAAACAUUUUGAAGGUGCAGAUUUGUGAGCACGGUUUUGGCCUUGCCUGUCAAUGGGUUUGUGGGGCUUUUUUUUUUUUACCACUGCGGUCACGGAGGCUUUGUAUGAAACAAGGGAAAGUUCAUGUUGAUGUUGGUUUUGAGUAGAAAUGUUAAUAAAGUUUUUGUACAUACA